UCCUCCGUUGCCGUGGUGACGGGGCCUACGCGUCAAGGUGUCGCUGUUUCUCUUCGCAGCAAGAGGCGCGUUAGUGGCGGCCGGACUUUCCUCUCGUUCCCCGGAGCCGGCGCCAUGUCUCUGCGGACGCUGCCGCUGCUGGUGCUCAACCUGGGCGGGGAGAUGCUGUACAUCGUGGACCAGCGGCUCCGGGCCCAGAGCAUCCCGGGGGACAAGGCCCGCCAAGAUGAAUGGACUGAUGGGGACAGGAGACGAGUCAUGAACGACAUCAUUGGGGGCAUAUUCAACAAAAAAUUUAUGGAUGAGCUGUUUAAGCCGCAGGAGCUCUACUCCCGAAAGGCCCUGAGGACUGUCUUUGAGCGCCUGGUCCAUGCCUCUAUCAUGAGACUGAAUGCGCCCAGCAUGGACAAGCUCUAUGACCUCAUGACCAUGGCGUUCAAGUACCAGGUCCUGCUCAGCCCUCGCCCCAAGGACCUUCUUCUCAUCACUUUCAACCAUCUGGACACCAUCAAGGAGUUUAUCUAUGAGUCGCCCAAAACCCUGACCCAGGUGGACAUCACCUUCCGAAGGCUCAUCGAUGCGUACGGCUCACUCUCUGCUGGGGAAUUUCAGCUUAUCCGGCAAACAUUGCUCAUCUUCUUCCAGGACAUACACAUCCGGGUUUCCAUCCUCUUGAAAGAUAAAGUGCAGAACUCUAAUGGACAUUUUGUGCUGCCAACCUCAGGCCCCGUCCCCUGGGGAACAGAUGUCCCAGGAGUCAUCAGGCUUUUCAACAGUAAAGGAGAUGAAAUCCAACGGACUGAGUUUCCUCAAGGUGGAAAUUACAUCCUGCCUUACCGGGAAGGCUCUUUCGACCUUCAUGGAGACAGGGUCAUUAAACUGGGGACAAACAUAUAUAGCAUCAGCCGACCUGUAGAGACAGAUACGUCGGGGGCCACCAAAAAUUUAGUCUCCCGUGUAAAGGAGAACACGGCCCCCAAUCCUCUGGCGAAGGAAGAGCUGAACCUCUUGGCCCGGCUGAUGGGGGGCCUGGAGGUCAAGAAGCCCCCCGGCAAUGAGACUGGCUUCCGGCUGAACCUCUUCACCACAGACGAGGAGGAAGAUGAGCAGCUGUGGCUCUUUCUCCGUUCCCUGCAGACAUGCUGCCUUGGCCCGUCCAGAGGAAUUGACAUAUCAAGUUAUCAACAUCCAAGCAGACCAGGACCAGCAGCGGAAUGAGGAGCUGGCACGCAUCAUGGGGGAAUUUGAGGAGGAGAAAGAGGGGGAGCCCCAGCCACCCGGCAGCAAAGGGGCCGACCUGCUGGCCAUGAUGGACGAGCUGUGACCAACGGCUGAGCCUUUCCUGCCAUCUCCAUGUGGUCAGCAACGCCUCUUGCUGCGCCAGUCUUCUGUGGACUGGAGUGGCCCUUCAGCCCAUUCAUCCCUCCAUCUGCGGGGGGCCAUUUGAGGGGCUUAGAUGUGUUUGAGUCACCCACCUUUUCUCCGGCUGGGAGGGAGGAGGCCCAAGCGAAGGGGGCCAGGGCAAUGGCCGAAGCCCCAGAGGGUGCCUUGAGAGUCGAAAGAGGGAGCAGCCAAAGAGCAAAUCCACAGCAGCAUUCCAGUCCUGUGUGUGUUAAACCCGUGAGCCUAAAAACACAUCCCAUACCUGGUGAGGCGGCCUCAUUAGGAGGCAAGUAAAAAACAAAACCCAUGCCGUGUUAGAUAGUCUGUGUGUGUUUGCUGACUGGAGCAGAACCAGCAGCCCUUCUUCACUCUGGGUUUGGGGACCAGGUCUGCCGUCAUGUCCAACUGUGGCAAUAAAGUCUAGAAAAGGA